CUGUACUUUGACACUCCAUUUUCCGUGUUGCCUUUUUCUUCCCCCACCAUCGACAAGAGGAAAUAAACGGCGGCGAGACGCAGUUAGCUCAACCUUCGCACCUGCAAGGCUGACUACCGCGACAAUUAGACCGAACGGACCCCAUGUCAGAUGUUCGGAUGCCAGCAGCACGAUCUCAACCCCGAACUCAGACUAGAAACGAGAAACUUCAGAUUCCCCCUAAAUCGUGCACGGCUACCAAAUAGAAGCAAUGCAACUAGAUGGACGUUGCGACUGAAAGUGCGCUGCGACACACACCCUGUAACAAGGCGGACGAGAGCAUGGGCGCGCGUACGGUUCCAAUCAUUACCUCAGCUACGCCGACCCCGACCAUAAAAAUGUCGGCACCUUCACCAUCGGGUGAACCAAUGGAGAUUACUACUCCCACCAAUUCCUCGGCUCCGCAAAGCGCACGCAAGAGUUCCGAAGGAGAAGGUAGCGAUUCCAACGAUCGCCAAAAUACUGCGCUCUCGGGAGACCAGAAUUCGAACCCCACCACAACCACAAUGCCUGCGCCGGCUGCUGCUGCUGUUCACCAGCCAAAAAUAGUUCAAACCGCAUUUAUUCAUAAACUUUACAACAUGUUGGAAGAUCCAAAUAUACAGCACCUAAUCAGUUGGUCGAGCUCUGCAGAGAGUUUCGUUAUGUCGCCUUCACAUGAUUUCUCCAAAGUUCUUGCCCAAUAUUUCAAACACACGAAUAUCUCAUCCUUCGUUAGACAGUUGAAUAUGUACGGAUUUCAUAAAGUUAGCGAUGUAUUUCAUACAGGUUCCCCGGAAACUGCGCUGUGGGAAUUCAAACAUGGCAACGGGAACUUCAAGAGGGGUGACUUGGUUGGCUUGCGUGAGAUUAAACGGCGGGCGUCUCGUCAUGCAUUGGUACACCGAGAGUACAAUAACCAGAAGCCAACCCCGUCACAACCCGGCACCCCAGCGGAACCCAUGCCACCUAUUCACGAUGGUUCGGAUCCGAGACUUGGAGGUAUUGAGCAGACCUUGUAUGACCUUCAAUCUAGGCUGCAACGUAGUGAGGAGAAUUCUCAUUACAUGAACGUAAAGCAACAAGCAAUAUCGGACGCUAUGAACCGCCUGCUUCAGGUAAACCACGACUUAUCCAGGACGGUUUUAAACUUGGUUCCACCCGAUAGUCCUAUCCAUAGAGAUGUCCUUGCGCUGCAAGGGGAAAUUCAACGCCAAUCCGAACUUGUGCGGUCUAUUGACGAACCGCACGAGCCACCCUUCCCGAAUAGCCGUCAACUUUUUGCGAAUCUUGACAACCCCCCUGUAUCUCCACGGCAGCUAGCUCAGGACGAUCAACGCAGGCUAGGGGUACACCAAUCUCGAACAAACUACUAUCGGCCGCCAGUCCCUUCUAAUCUUUCGAUCACCUCACGUAGGUCGUAUGGGUCGAUCAGCGGGAGCACAACUCAAUCAUCGCCCUCUCCUCUUCGAUCCCAAGCGCCACCGCCACCGGCCGGACCCCAUCCACUUGCGACCGUCGAGCCACCACCAACUGGUUUGCCAAGGCGGCACACCUCAGCCGACAUUCGAGCUUCUGGAUGGAGCCAACCCCACCCGCAACCGCCAUAUGUCGCUUCCGGUCCUCCUUCCUCCCACUGGCCAUCUUCCCCUAGUCGAAUUCCUCAACCUCAAGAAGAGCAACGAACUCGGGAGCUCCCACACUACUCUCUAUCGCGCCCUACCACCCCUCCAGUUCCCUUCUCAAAUGGCAAUAUUGGAAAUGGCUUGGAAAGUUUAAAUAAUUGGUCCUGGGGUUCAGCCGGCCGGGAGAACAAGAACCUUGCGAUCAAAGACAUGUCUGCACCUCCGACCCGACGAGGAAGUAUGGCACACAUUCUAAAUCCUACCGACACAGUAGAGCGAGAUGAUGAAGACGAUCCUCGAGGGGAUGACGAUCGGAAGCGCAAGCGGAUGCAAUAAUCUACAGUCCAGGUUCAUGAAUUCCCUACCAACUACAUUUGGCGUCGUGAAAGCGUUGUCGCAUAUUAUACCACGUGCGGAGGGCCUUUGCUUUUUUUGUAUAGAACGAAUGAUGCGGAAUACACGAGUCUCUUAGGAUUCAGCAGACGACACGCCAUAGCCAUGUUAUACGACAUACUGAUUACGCAUCUGACGAAUUUCCUAUGUUACUACUAUUCAUAAAUCACUUCAAUUUUCUUGUUAUACUCGUCUGAAUAUUCGCUUCUUAUUUUCUUGUUACCAAAAUACCAAAAAGCAUCGGUUACUUGGAAUACUUUUUAUGGAGGGAUGCACCGG